AAAGUGCCUGUGUUCAAGAAAGAUCCAAAAUGAGUGCUGGUUAUCCAGAAGAAGUCAGUAGUCAUUCUUCUGCAGGAUUACAGAAGUUUGCUGAGGAGGUCGCUGACAUGUUACAAGCCUUCAGCAAUCACAGAAAACAAACAGGAACAGAAUGUUCUGAUAGGUGUAACAAACUUAGAAGUAAGACAGAUAUGAGAGUUGAUAAUUGUCCACCCACGGGGCCACUGAUACUUUAAAGGUCUUCCCUGGAGGUCUUUUCAAUACACUGCAAGGAUUAAAAUGGCAGUGGCUACAUUAAGUGAGCCAGCUUAUUCAGAAAGAAAAUUUAUAGAAUGACCAAGUUUUCAUAAACCUGUGGAGUGAGAGGGUCGAGCUAAAUUGACUCCAUGACAGGCUUUGAAAUGCCAGUUUGGCUAGGCUUAAGUUUCUAUUUCCCAGAAUUGAACAAACCGGUUCCAAGGAAAACCACUGUCUGUGGGGCAGUCAAUCAGGAGCUGCCCUGCCAUUUGACCUGAGUCACCUGCUCUACUUUCUUCUUUGGCCCCUGAGGCAGAUUUCUAUCCUCCCUUAUGUUUCUGUCCCUGACGUCCCUGCUGUUGCCUCUGCUCUGCUGGUGUAGGCAGAGGGAGAGGAAAAUCUCAAUUUCACAUGGAGUCAGCCCUACAGCUGGGGCCAAACUGCCACCUGAUCAGGGAACAUAUCUUCCCUUAUUCCUUUUGCCACUAAUGAUCUUGACAAUUGGAAGUUCCAAACCCUACAGUCUCAAAACCAUCUGCCCUGAUAGAGCUCUUGGAGUCACCAACUCCCUGGGAUGGCUGCCAACAACUACUCCAGGCCCUCUUCACUACUGAAGAGAGUGAGCAGAUUGUGGGAGCUGCCCAGAAGUUGAUUCUGGGAGCAAAUGGGCUGCCCGCUGGAUCCAGGCCAAUACUGUUGUGGCCUUUCCUCUGACUUGGCCUGAUAGGACUGUAACACUGAUGCAGGUAAGAGGAGCCUCACAGUCUACCGCCAGUUUCUAGUGAAGGACCUCUGAGAGGCUGCUAGACAGCCUACAAAUUUGUUCAAAGUGGGAUUGUGCAGGGAAAAGAUGAGUCACCAAGAAAUUUCCUAGAAAGAUUGAUGGAGGCCUACAGGACCUACACUCCAUCUGAUCUGGAGGCCAGAGAGAACCAGUCUGCCAUAAACAUAACUUUUGACAAUUAAGCAGCUCCUAACAUCUGCCGGAAACUUUGGCAUCUGGACGGCUUUGUAAGCAACUAACUGAAUUAGUGGCUAGAGCUGAGAGGGUUUUCAACAAUUGAAAGACCCCUGAGGAUCAUCAGACCAGAGAACUGGCGAAAGCGCUGCUCACCACCGUAAACCAGGGCUGCCCGAUGAAAGACAGCUGAAAAACCUGGCUUGUGGAAGGGGCAGAGGUAAGCCAGUCCCCACUGAAGGAGAAACCCAACCUCCAUUACAGAGGAACUGAUGUGACUAUUGCAAAGAGAAAGGCCAUUGGAAAAAUGAAUGCCCUAAAGAAAACCCAAGAAUGGACAAAGGUUCUGCAGUUGGAGGAACUCAAUGACUGAGGGCAUCAAGGCCCAACCCUCUCCAUGAGCACUGGGUAACCCUAAAGGAGAGGGGAAGCCCAUAGACUUUCUGGUGGACACAGAGCAUGGAUGCAAAGGGCAGUAGGCACCAAGCCCUAUCCAUGGACUACCUGAAGAAGGGUGGACUUGGGAGAGGAGCAGGUAACCCACUCAUUUAUGGUCAUUCCUGGAUGUCCAUACCCCCUGCUGGAAGAGACCUCCUCACGAAAAUGGGAGCCCAAAUCCGUCGUGGCCCAGAGGGAAUGGAAGUACUAGAUAAGAAUGGCCCCAUCCAUGUUCUGACUUUGGCCCAAGAAUUGGAAUACAAAUUGUUCCCUCAGCCAGCCCCUUCUCCAAGCAUAUUACUCCAGUGGUUCCUAGCAGACAUCCCCAAGGUCUGGGCAGAAAAAAAAUAUCCAAUGGGACUUGCCCGACGUUGGGUCCCAGUUCUAGUCUAGUUGAAGGCUGGAGCUACCCUGCCUAAAUCAGACAAUAUUCAAUGCUCAGAGAAGCAGAGCGGGGAUCACAUUUCACAUCAACCAGCUCUGGGAAGCAGGGAUUCUGAUUCCUUGUCAAUCAGCAUGGAACACGCCUCUCCUUCCAGUUCAGAAGCCUCAUUCCUGUGAUUACCAACCUGUGCAGGAUCUCAGGGAGGAAAACAAACAAGUAGGAGACAUCCACCCCAGAGUUUCAAACCCCUUCCAAGCACACUUAUGUACACUGUACUCAACCUGAAGGAUGUCUUCUUCACCUUGCCUCUGGCACCCAAAAGCCAGCCUCUAUUUGCAAGAUUUGGGGAGAAGCUUUAACAGACAACUGACUUGAACACAUCUGCCUCAAGGAUUCAAGAACUCACCCACAGUUUUUGAUGCGGCACUGUGUGAGGACCUGUGUGAGUACCGGGAGGGCUCACCCUCAAGUAACCUUACUCCAGUAUGUAGGUGACUGGAGUAGGUGACUUGCAGUCCCUGACCUGGAGACAUGCCUAGAGGCUACACCAGACCACUACAGGAGCUGAGUCAACUGGGUUACCAAGUGUCUGCUAAGAAGGCCCAGCUUUGUCAACUUGAUGCCACUUAUCUUGGGUACAUACUCAAGGUGAGGCCAAGGCAUGCUGUCAGAUGCCUGUAAGCAAACCAUCCUCAGAAUCCUGGUUCCAGCAACCAGAAGGAAAGCAUGGGAAUUUUGGGGGUUCACUGGGUUUUAUAGACUCUGGGUGUCAUUGAGAUAGCAAAGUCAUUAUAUGAGGCCACCAGGGGUCAGGAAGAUUAGAAUGGACCCCUGAGAUGGACAUGGCUUUUAAGACCUUAAGAAAAGCCCUAUUUGGAGGCACUGGCCCUGGCCAUCCUAGACAUUCACAAACCUUUCCACUAUAUAUGGAUAAAAGAAAAGGGUUAGCAAAGGAGGUGCUCAUCCAAACUUUGGCCCCAUGGAAAAGACCUGUGGCCUGUUUAUCUAAGAAGCUGGAUUCAAUGUCUCAGGGAUGGCCAGCCUGUCUCUGGAUUAUAGCUGCCACCACUCUGCUGGUCAUGGAUGCUGACAAGACAACUAUGGGUCAGGAACUUGUUAUCACCACCCUCCCUGAUAUUAAGGGGAUUCUCAAGAAUCCACCCAGCCAAUGGCUAUCGAAUGCUAGACUGGUAUACUUCCAAAUACUGCCUUUGAAUCUCCCUGAAUAAGAUAUAAUCCAUUAUCUGCCCUAAACCCAGCCACCCCGCUGCUAGACCCAUCCUCAGACAUACAGCAUGAUUGCUGUAUAGUUCUGGGGCAUGUUCAAAACAUUAGGCCAGAUCCAACUGACAUACCCUGGCUGGAUGCUGAGCACAUCUACUUCCCAGAUGGGAGCAGCUUCAUCUUCAGGAUGGAACCAGGUAUGUGAGGGUGGGGAUGGAGGCCAGAGGGCAGUGGUGAACUUGGACUCUGUUAUUUGGGCAACUGCUUUGUUGCCAGGAACUUCAGCUCAGAAAGCUGAACUAAAAGCUCUGACCCAGGCUUUAAAACUGGUGAAAAGGACCAUAGUCAGCAUUUACACUGACUAUAGAUAUGCCUUUGUCAUGGCUCAUGUGUAUGGGUCCAUAUACCAAGAGAGAGGACUGCUGACUGUCGAAGGAAAAGCCAUCAAAAAUAAAGAAGAAAUACUUGCUUUAUUGAAGGCAUUAUGGCUUCCCAUCAAGGUGGCCAUAAUUCAUUGCCAUGAGCGUCAAAAAGGGAUAUCACGAAUAGCUUGAGGAAACAGGCUGGCUGAUAAAGCCACAGGGAGGCUUCCACUGCUCAGAUCCUGGUAUCCUGGCCACCCUCUGUACUCCCAGCUGUCCCCAAAUACACUUCUAAGGACGAACAAGAUCAGAUCAAAUGCCAGGAAAUCUACAGAAGAGAUGGAUGGUUGCAUAUUGCCAAGGUCUGCACCAUCUUACCUAAGAAGUUUGCUAAACAACUCAUCCAUCAAAUCCAUCAGGCCUUGCAUCUGGGUCACCAAAAGUUAAAGGAAUUGUUGCAAGGGGCAAAAUACAAAAUAUUUACUUGGGACACUUGGGAACCCCUCAGGUCUCAAUCAAGAAAUUCUGGAAACCAGAAUUAGAGGCCAAUUGGGAAAUAGAUUAUAUGGAAAUAAAGCCACAAACAUAUGGAUAUAAAUUCCUGCUAGUUUUUAUACUUUUUCAGGAUGGGUAGAAUCCUACCCUACAAAGAAGGAAACUGCCAACUUAGUGGCAAAGAAGAUUCUAGAAGACAUAAUAUCCAGGUAUAGAUUGCCCACCCUGCUUGUGUCUGACAAUGGACCAGCAUUCGUUUCUCAGGUAACUCAAUUCCUACCACAGGUUCUGAGGAUCAGCUGGAAGCCACAUUGUGCAUACCAACCCCACAGCUCAGGACAGAUAGAGAGCAUGAAUCAGACCCCAAAGGAGGCCUUGACUAAAUAAACCCUUGAAACUGGCAGUGACUGGGUGUCUCUCUUACCUUAUGCCUUAUAUAGGUCUAGAAACACGCCCUAUCGCUUGGGUCUCACCCCCUUUGAGGUCCUAUAUGUGAGGCCCCCUUGCAUGAUGCCUAACCUCUAGUCUGAUAUUCUAGCUGAAUAUGACCACAAGUUCUUGGAGUCCUUGUGGGCCUCCACAGAAUCCAGAAACAACUUUGGCCUUCCAUCUGUCAGGUGUAUAAAUCUGCUCCUCCCCUAACCCUCAUUGCUUUGAACCAGGUGACAAAGUCUGGAUUAAGAGAAAACCACAAGACUCUGGAACCUCGAUGGAAAGGACCUCACACUGUGAUCCUGACUGUGUGUCAACGGCUGUGAAUGUGGAUGAGAUCUGGAUAUGAAUAUACCACUCCUAUGUUAAUCCUGCCAGUAGAGAGAGAACCCAAUAGUCGAGGUCCCAUCAGGAGAGACUUCCAGACAACCCACCUUAAGUGCAAUGGAAGGCAACCCCACAUCCCACCAAACCAUUAAAGCUUUGACUUCAACACUCUUAAUCCUGCUUGCCUACUGCUUACAGCUUGCUGCAGCAGCCACUAACCCCGCUAUCCCCUGAGUCUAACUUAGCAGAUAAUUCUGCAAUGGGUAAGACUGUCAACUCUAACAUCCACUUGGUUCCCUUGGGCACUUGGUUCCCUGGCCUUCAUGAAGACCUCUGUGGAUGAGGGAUGGGACCCCUCAAAUCAACAGCCUUGCCCUGGUUAUGGUUGUAACUCACCUGAGACCCCAGAGGCUUACAUGGACUCUGGCCUUUUAUGUCUGUCCAGGACAUUCUCAGACUGGAACCAGCAGGCCAAAUGUGGUGGUCCAGAGUCCUUUUUCUGUGUGGCAUGAGAAUGUGAGUCUACCGGAUGGAUAAAUUGGAAGCCUCCCAUUAAAGAUGAUCUCAUCGCUGUGACCUGGUUUGGGGAUAAAACUCGGAGCUGGGUCCUGCAUACGAAAGGAUACCCAGCCUCCUAGAAAAGAGACUUGUGGACUUUGCUUUGAACCUCCUUAAUCUCUGUGUACCCCCAAGGGGUGAUGCAACAACGAUAUCAUUAAGUUUGCAGAUCCUUGUAAGAAAGUGGAUUGGACUGAGGGUAAGACAUGAAGACUAAGACUUUAUAUCUCUGACUAUGAUCCAGGACUCCUAGUCACCAUCCAGCUGCUUCAACAUGGCCUCUCACAAACCACUGGUCCUUUGGAGCACCAACAAGGUAUCAGCCUAGUAGUAAAACUGACCAAAAGCCAUGCGCAAAACUACCUUCCCAGAGAAAGGCUGGUCCCUUCCCCUCUCUGUUGUCUCACCAUGAACAUGGUUCAAGACAGCACCUUCCUGGCCAAGCUCAUGAAGAGUGCUGACACCUUUGAGUUGAAGUACGACUUUUCCUGUGAGCUAUACCGCUUGUCCACGUACUCAGCUUUCCCCACUGGCGUUCCUGUCUCGGAAAGGAGUCUGGCUCGUGCUGGCUUUUACUACACUGGUGUCAAUGACAAGGUCAAGUGCUUCUGCUGUGGCCUGAUGCUGGACAACUGGAAACAAGGGGACAGUCCCAUUGAGAAGCACAGAAAGCUGUAUCCCAGCUGCAGUUUUGUACAGACUCUGAAUCCAGCCAACAGUCUGGAAGGUAGCCCUCAGCCUUCUCUUCCUUCCAAAACGACAAGCACCACGUCUCCGUGCCUUGCUAGUUCAGAGAGCACUGGCUAUUUCAGUGGCUCUUACUCAAGCUUUCCCUCAGACCCUGUGAACUUCCAAGCAAAUCAAGAUUGUCUUGCUUUGAGCACAAGUCCCUACCACUUUGCAAUGAACACAGAGAAGGCCAGAUUACUCACCUACCAAACGUGGCCAUUGUCUUUUCUGUCACCAGCAGAGCUGGCCAAAGCAGGCUUCUACUACAUAGGACCUGGAGAUAGAGUGGCCUGCUUUGCGUGCGAUGGGAAACUGAGCAACUGGGAACGGAAGGAUGAUGCAAUGUCAGAGCACCAGAGACAUUUCCCCAGCUGCCCAUUCUUAAAAGACCUGGGUCAGUCUGCUUCGAGAUACACUGUCUCUAACCUGAGCAUGCAGACACACGCAGCCCGUGUUAGAACAUUCUCUACCUGGCCUUCUAGUGCUCUAGUUCAUCCUCAGGACCUUGCAAGCGCGGGCUUUUAUUAUACAGGACACAGUGAUGAUGUCAAGUGCUUCUGCUGUGAUGGUGGGCUGAGGUGCUGGGAAUCUGGAGAUGACCCCUGGGUGGAACACGCCAAGUGGUUCCCAAGGUGUGAGUACUUGAUCAGAAUCAAAGGCCAAGAGUUUGUCAGCCGGGUUCAAGCUGGUUACCCUCAUCUACUUGAGCAGCUAUUAUCCACAUCAGACUCUCCGGAAGAUGAGACUGCAGAAGCGGCAAUUGUGCAUUUCGGCCCUGGAGAAAGUUCGGAAGAUGUCGUCAUGAUGAGCACGCCUGUGGUUAAAGCAGCCUUGGAAAUGGGCUUCAGGAGGAGCCUGGUGAGACAGACGGUUCAGCGUCAGAUCCUGGCCACUGGUGAGAACUACAGGACGGUCAGUGACCUCGUGAUAGGCUUACUGGAUGCAGAGGACGAGAUGAGAGAAGAGCACAUGGAGCAGGCAGCCGAGGAGAAGGAGGAGUCAGUGCAACAGAACAUUAGGAGUCUUCCCACAGGUGACACUGCAGCUCUACCGAUGGAAGAACAGUUGCGGAAACUCCAGGAAGAGAGGACAUGUAAAGUGUGUAUGGACCGAGAGGUGUCUAUCGUCUUCAUUCCAUGUGGCCAUCUGGUGGUAUGCAAGGACUGUGCUCCCUCUCUGAGGAAGUGUCCCAUCUGCAGAGGGACCAUCAAGGGCACAGUGCGCACAUUUCUCUCCUGAACAGGACUGAUGGUCCAUGGCUGCGACCCCAGCCAGGAGGAACAGAAGUUCAGCGUCACUCCCAGCUCCAUAAGGAACUUGAGGCCAGCCUGGACUGCAUGAGACACUGACAAACAAACAAAUAUAAAAAUGAAAAACAUGGGAUAAAAGAAAAACCUUUGUCUAAACUCAAGAGUGAAUGGAUUGCUUAUAUAAUAAUUUUAAUUGGUUUCCUUAAAAGUGCUAUUUAUUCCCAACUCAGAAAACUAUCUUCUGUCAACAUAUUUACAUGCUAGCUGUAUCUAAAGCACAUCUGUUCAUAUAGUCAGAUGCCAUGAGAGACGGUUGUGUUCUUGUUCCUGAAAAGCAGGGAUUGCCUGCACUCCUGAAAUUCUCAGAGAAGAUAUACAAUGUUGGCAUUUAUGGUUCAGAAGUUAGAAUCUUCUCGAGUUGCUUUAAGAAGGGGGAGCACAGAUUUCCAUGUGUUUUAUGCAUAGAAAUUCCUGUUAUUUAUUGUAUGAUAUUUUAGGAAUAUUGAAUUUUUAUAAAGAAUUUGUGAAGAAAAAUUAAUAAAGCAACAUAAUUACAGUUUUUUUUAAACUGA